AACAACUUUUUGAUCACACUUUUUCAACUGAAACAAAUUUCAACAAAUUUCUUCAAAUUGUUAUUGUGCGAUCGAGAAAGAAGAAAGAAAAAAAUGCUGGCGAUAUUCGAAAAAACGGUGGCGAAAAGCCCAGAUGCGCUGGUUCAGAAUCAACAGGGUGAAUCUCCAUCGGCGAUGAAAGAUGGAUUCUUGGCGAAACAUUUCUCGUCCGUACACCCAGGCUCCGUCGUCAUCAACCUUGCUUCUUCUGGUUCAAUGGCUUAUUCUUCUCAUAAGCAGAACCCUCUUCUCCCUAGUCAUUUUGCGGUGGUAGACGAUAUAUUCUGCUUGUUCAAAGGCCACAUCGAAAACGUGGCGCAUCUCAAGCAGCAAUACGGAUUAACCAAAAUAGCAAACGAGGUUAUAAUCGUAAUCGAGGCUUACAGGACUUUGAGAGAUAGAGGCCCUUAUCCCGCCGAUCAAGUCGUUAGAGAAAUCCAAGGGAAGUUUGCGUUUAUUCUGUUCGAUACUACUUCCAAAGCCACCUUCAUUGCCUCCGAUGGUGAGGGAAGCGUGCCCUUCUUUUGGGGAGCCGAUGCAGAAGGGCAUCUUGUUCUUUCUGAUGAUGGAGAUGUUGUUAAGCACGGUUGUGGCAAAUCGUUUGCUCCGUUUCCCAAAGGAUGCUUCUUCACGUCAUCGGGUGGGCUGAGGAGUUACGAGCAUCCGGUGAACGAGCUGAAGGCAGUGCCGAGAAUAGACAGCUCCGGCGAAGUGUGUGGGUUGACUUUCAAGGUUGACUCCGAGUCUCGUAAAGACAAAACCGGAAUGCCUAGAGUUGGAAGUGACGCUAACUGGUCUCAACACUACUGACAUCAUCAUCGUCAUCAAGAACUAGUACUGUGUUUGUCGGUUUUUCGAUCAGUACUAUGAUUGAUUCGAUUUGAUUUUUAAGGUUUACAUUUUGUCUGAUGUUAUGUUUCUCUUUACUGUAAUAUUUUUCUAUGGCCUGCAUUUACUGCAUGGAGCCUUUUUAAUGAGUUUUCUUAGACAUAUUUGAAAUAAAUAAAUCAUUGCAGAACAUAUUUUAUAAUUUUAUAAUUUUAUAUUUAAUUUUUA